CUCCAAAGAAGUACAGUAGUACGGUAGAGUAGAUUACGAUUGCCUUUCCCGACAACUCCUCUCAUCAGCCACAAAUCUAAUUGUCGAGCGAUUUUGAUCUCAACCAUCGAUCCCUCGAUAAAAAAGAAGUAGUGCAGAUCCCGUUAACAAUUUUGCCGUGAAAUGUCGUGCCUCCCGUUUCCGUCCUUUGUGGACCAGGUCCCCGUCGAUAAGUCGAACAACCGAGCUGGAUUGUGUGCGGCAGGAACCUGUCGAAUUCAUCCACUGACCUGCGCCAAUGCCCACAAAGACGAAUAUCUCGCCAUCAUCGCCAAGAACAAGGAGCAAGCCUCGGUUGAUGGGUCCUCCGCCGACAAAGACGAGAAGAAGAAGCUGAAAAAGAAAUACAUGAAGCAGGGCGUCGCAAUGGCCUCGGACUACAUGACUAAGUCGCUGCAACUGGAUCCCACCGUGGUCAGCGUACAGAUGUCCAUCGAAUCCAGCACCAUCGUGGAAACGGACGGCUGCAUCACGGCAUGCUUUUUGGAUGCCGGCUGCACCCAUAUCGCCAUUGACGGGACCAACCUUGAGGCGCUCGAUGCCGCUAGAAUUCCUCGAGAACGCAUAGUGGCCUCCUUUGGCUCGAUAGAAAGCUGCGGGAAGGACGAAAUCACGGCGGCGCUGGCGCUGGCGGCUACCAUCAGCGUCCCCGUAACGAACCUGGAACAAGUCGACGCGGUCAUGUCGUCGGUGCCGGAUGCACACGAUAAGGUGAUCUUCGAGCUUUCCAGCCCCGACGAUGCCCCGGCCACGCUCGAAUUCAUUGCGGCCAUUGCCAAAAAAUGCAAGGACCACAAGGGAAAGAUUGCCCUGGUGGACCCGGACGCCACGAUACUGGGCAAGAGCUACUGCGCUUGUGCCAGAACGGACCGGCCCGACGGCUUGUACACGACCGUAGUUUGCACCCGCAACAACGAGGCCCUUGGAUUGGUCUACAGCGCGGUCGAAUCCAUCAUCGCCGCCUUUGAAUGUGCCCGCGGUGUGUACUGGUCCAGGUCCCGCGGUGGAUUGUGGAGAAAGGGAGACACCAGCGGGCACUUCCAGACUCUCCACCGAUUGGACGUGGACUGCGACGGGGAUGCCUUUCGCUUCACCGUCACACAGCGGGGCGACGACGUUGUCGCCUUCUGCCACCUCCACACCCUUACGUGCUGGGGGGAACCAAACGGACUGCGCCACCUCGAGAUGACUAUGCAGGACCGACUCAAGAACGCUCCGGAGGGAUCCUAUACCAAGCGGCUCUUUGACGACCCGGAAUUGCUCCGCGACAAGCUGGUGGAGGAAGCCCAGGAAUUGAGCGAAGCCGAGACGAAGGAAGAGGUCGCGGGGGAACUGGCGGACGUUUUGUACUUUGCCAUGGCCCGGGCCGUCAAGGCCGGUGUGAGCAUCGACGACGCCGUUGCCGUCCUGGAUGGCCGCACCCGAAAAGUGACGCGGCGCAAGGGAGAUUCCAAGGCCUUUCGGAUCGAGGAGGGGGCCAAGAUUCUCGCCAAGAAGUAGACUGGAUCACUCAAAGGGUGCUGCGAAGGAGAAACCAAAUACGAACGAACGAACGACCCGGAAUGUCUUGCGUUGGGGUAUUGUGCUUGGCUGUACUAAUUACCGCAAUCAACCUUGAGAGGAAAGCACAGACUGCUUCCCGUCUCUGGUUCAAAAGUGGACAAAUACGAAAAUUGAAACCACUCUUUGGAAGCAGUAGCGUAACAGUAUAGUAAC